ACGUUCUGUUUGAUUCAGUGUCGCCCGAUUGGUUGUUCGCAUUUGACGUAUUUGUGUUGUGGCCUUAAUUUCUAAACUUCCGGUUUUCCAUCUGCUACAGAUGACGAAUGUAAAAGGGAAGAAGUAGAAUGGAUUCUUAAUAAUUUUAUUGUUUUCUGUGAUAUACCGAAAUAUUAUAAUUGUUAUGUAUAUAUUUUUGAAGAUGGUAAAAAGGAAAUGCUAGAAAGCUGCUGCUUAUCUGUGAAAAUAUUUUUUAAUUGUGAUAAAUGAUAUAUGGAUAAAAACUUGGCAAUGUCUUUUUACCAAAUAGCAUAAUGUGACAAUGGAAUCUGAGAUUCUUAAUAGUAAUGAAGAAGUUAAGGUUGUACCUAAUAAGUUAUCUGAAGAGAUAAAGGAAUUGGGUGAUAUGACUGAAACAAAAAGAACUAGUAAAUUAAAUGAUUCUAAUAAAGAUGUAACUGAAUGUAAUUUAUUAGAAAAAACUAACAGUAAUAAAUUAAAAACAAAAUCAUGGGAACAGUUAAAAUUUAAUGGAGAUGAAUGCUACGGGAAGAUCAAUAUUCAAAAUCUUCAGUUUUCUUCACAAGGACAGUUAACAUAUCAUAAAUCUCAUUUAGCUGCUAGUGAUUCUUUGCUUAAUCAAACAGUUCAAGAAUCUACUAAUCAAAAAGAAAUCAAACAUAGUUUGUCUGCAUCUAAUUUAAAUAUUAAUGUGGAAAGUAACAUUCCUACUAAGUUGCAUAAAGACAAUAAAAGUAUUAAUUCAUCAUUAAAUAAUUCUGAGCAUCAUUCAUUUGCAAAUGACUUUAACAUAGCUGAAACAUUUGAUGAUAAUCAGUUAGAGAGGAUUUCACUUAAAACAUCUCUAUGCCAUCAAGAGAAUGUAGGUGUACAUAAUAAACAAACAGAAAAAUAUUCUUGUGAUCCGUCAGAAAAUAGUUCUUUUGACAAAUUAGGAAAUGAAAAGUUAAUUGAAAAAAAUGCUAUAAAUUCAGAUAAAGCAAUUGUUUCUAGUGAAAUAGAUUUUAUUAUUCAAAAUAAACACAAUAAUGAUAAUGAAAGUAAACAAGAUUCUAUUGAUAAUCAAGCAGAUUCUGUUAACAUUUUGAAAGAAAGAAGUUCUGAUGGCAUUUCAAUGUGUUCAUCACAAAGUAGAGAGAGUGAAGAUGAAAGUGAUGCUUUAUUGUCUGAACUAGAAUGUGAAUUAGAGAGUGGAAAUGAAGAAAUUAGUGGUGUUUCUUGUACUCAGUUAAAUGGAAUUAAAGCAAACCUUUUACAUCAAUCAAAAUAUACAAAAUCUCUGAUGCAAAAAUUUAAAAAUCAUCCAAGAUAUCCAAGCUUUUAUAAUACAAGUAAACAGGCUAUAGAAUAUUUUGAACUUCAAAUUGAUUUUCUAGAAAAAGCUAACAGUCAACUUCAAAAAGAAUUAAAAGAAGUAAAUGAAAAACAUUCAGAUGAAAAAAAUGAAAUUAAAAAACAAUUAAUUCAGGUUAAAUCAGAUUUAGGAGAAAAAAUUGAAAAGUUACAAAAACAGUAUGAAGGUGCACAGAAGGAAAGAGAUAAUAUGGUACUUCGUUAUGCGCAAAGUGAACGAGAUGUUAUUAAUUUGAAAAAAGUAAGAGAUGAAUUUGAGAAAAAACUUAAAGAUGCUGCAAAAGAAAGAGAAGGUAUUUUAAAUAGGAUUAAAGGUUUAAAUACAGAAAAGUCUCGUUUGUGCAACAAUUUAGAUAGUAAGUCAUCAGAAAUAUCAGCUCUUAGAAGAGAAAGUGAAAGACUGAGAGAAGAAGUAAAUUCUCGUGAUAUCCGUAUCAAAUGGACACAGAAUAAAUUGAAAACAGAAAUGGAUGCCCAUAAGGAAACGCAGACUAAAUUGGAACAUACACUUUUAAGAUUACAACAGACAAGAGAAGAAGCAGAACAAGUACGUAAAGAUUGUCAGGAAAUGAUUAGACGUUAUCAAGAAGCUGAAGAAAUCAAGUCAGUGAAUUUAGAUCACCAACUUCGGGAAAAACUUAGUGAAUUAGAAGUUCAAAAGCAAGAAAGAUCUGAUCAAGAGGAGGUUUAUCAAUUGGUCAGACAUGAAUUAGAAGCAUUAAAAAAGAAACAUAAAUUAACUAUUGAAGAAAACAAUCAACUUACAGUAAAGAUUAAUAUUUUGGAAAAAGAGAGAUUAGAUCAUGAACAAAUUGUAAGUAAAUUAAAAGAGCAACAAAGUAUUUUGAGACAAGAAGUUGUAGAUCUUUCAGGACGUUUAGCAGAAAUGGAAAAUUUGAAGAUUCAGUUGGAACGAGAAAAAGAAAGAGUAUUAAAUAGUCAAAAAGAAGUUGAGAGAUUCUGCCAAGUAAAUGCCGAACUUCAGUGUGAUAUGGAAGCUUGUCGUAAUAAGGAAGGUGAAUUGUUGGAGUUCACUGAAAGAUUAACUGCUAAAAGUGUUGCUUUGCAAUCAGAAUAUAGUUUAUUGGAGACUAAAGCACAAACAUUAGAAGAUGAAAUGAAUCGAAUAAAUAAAAAAUGUACAGAAUUAGAAAAUCAGAAUAUAGAAUUGAUAGAUCAAUUAGAAGAUGAAAGAAAACAAAGAAAAGAAGAAACUCAGCUAUUAGCACGAAAACUAGCAGAAAAAACUAAAACAGUGGAGGAUCUUACAGUUAAAUUGGAAGAUGCUGUAAAUGAAAAUAAAGUUACUAAAAGAAGGCAUAUAACUAGCAUUAAGGAACUGUCUAGGGAAUUAUUACAAGCAAAAAGGAGGUUGGAAAAUUAUGAAAUUAAUCACACAACUGGGGAUUCAGUAAGUUUGGGAUCAAGAACAAGUUCCACAGGAUCACUUGAUAUUUUAACGAAUAACAAUGUUGCCAAAAUAUCAAAUGAUCAAAAUCCUACUUCACAUGCUGCUCCAGCUGUUACAUUUAGUGGAGGAAAAAUUCCAAGUUCACAUUCUUCACAAACUAAAACAUCUGAAACUAAAGUGAACAGUCAAAAUGCCUCCUUAUCAAAUAAUUCGCCUCUUUCAGAAGUAAAUAAGCAAAUGUUAAUUGAAAGAAUUGUAAAAUUACAAAGAAGUUUAGCAAGAAAAAAUGAAAAAAUUGAAUUUCAAGAAGAACAUAUUAAUCAUUUAAUCGAUGAAAUAAAAAAGAAAACAAGAAUCAUACAAAGCUAUAUUAUAAGAGAAGAAGCUGGUGCAUUGGCAACUAACACUAUGGAUCAAAAUAAACUGUCCAAAGGAAAAUGGACCAAGGCUGUUGUAGCUAAAAAAGGUGGUGUAAUGGCUUCUGUAUAUAGAUCACAUGUUGCUGAUUCUCAUAUGAGUUUGGAAUUGUCUUUGGAAAUUAAUAAUAAAUUACAAGCUGUUCUUGAAGAUACAAUACUUAAAAAUAUCACUUUAAAGGAAAAUAUUAACACACUGGGUGAAGAAAUUGCUCGUGUUGUCGAGGAACAUCGGACUCUCCAAACGCAACUUACAAAAUAUAAAAGUGGCAAAUAAGCCAACUGUAAAAUAAGAAUCAGAAAAAAUUGUACAGUAUUUUAUGCUGCAGUGUCUAUUAAAUUUUAUACAACUGUAUUAAUCAUGUAAUUUUGCUUGAAGAUAAUAAAGGAUUCAAUCA